AUCGUGAUCCUGUGUUGGGAACUUUCCAUCAUGCCGUGCCUGUGUGCGCCGGGCGGCGCCGGCCGAGUAGCGCGGGCGCGGACUCGAGCGCGCGGACCAAUCGGCAGCCGCCACGACCGCGGUGACCCCGCCGAGCUGACCGGCGCGGCGGUCGGGUCAGACAGUGCGCGCGGUGCGGCCGGUCGAGGCUGAUGUGUUCUUUUGGCGCUUAUUUGAACUCUUUCGUUACGUAUUCAUUCUUGCUUUUACGUUAAUAUACUACAUUGGCGACAAGGAUCAAGAAUUAAGUUAAUAGCGCUCAAGAUAUCAAGAUGUAUCAGGCACCAGCUCCGCCGGAGUUCCUCUCCAAGCCGGGACAGCGUCCUGGUAACUGGCAGGCGUGGUUCGAGGACUUCAUCAUGUACGGAACUGGCCGCCGCGCACGAUCGUGGUCUGCAGCGGAAAGCCUUGCUGCAGGGCACCGUGAGCUCUCAGUCACCAGCACCAGUGGAGGUCGCGUUCGCCGGACGCCGGAACAGCGCCCCAGCGCGGAGGACACCACAGAAACAGCUUGCAGGUGGGAAGUCUGGGACAUGUCGAGCAUGUGGUAUGAAGGGCCACUGGGCUAAAGAUAAAGUCUGUCGAGCAAAGUCUCAGAAGUGUUGGAAGUGUGGCUCUCUGGGCCACUUCAGCAACUGUUGUCCCAACCAGAGUAAGAGUGUCGAUGCUGUACAAAUUCUGUCAGUGUCUGCCCAAGAUGUCAAUGCUGUUCGUGAGGUGCCAUGUCCGUACUACACCGUGACCAUCAACAGACACCCAGUGAGGAUGCUAGUCGACACCGGUUCUGCGGUAAGCAUCAUUCCAGCGAGGCUCUACCACCAGAACUUCAGCAGCGUUCAGCUGCGGCCAGCGGGUCCGCUAUCUCAGUGGAACGGCAGCGGCAUCAACGUCCUGGGGAAGAUGACGGUGACCGUCCGUGGACCUGACUCUGGAGAGGUGCUCGCAGACAUCUACGUCGCGGUGGGACAGCUGCCACUCAUGGGCAGGGACCUGCAGCAGCAGCUGGCACUGACCGUGCGUCACGGCAACGUGGUCUGUCAGGUGAGCAGUCAGGUGCUGCCAGCGAUCCGAGGGUACGUGCACAAGGUACGUCUUCGACCUGACGCCGUCCCCGUGCAGCUGCCGCUGAGGACAAUGCCGUACGCUCUGAGAGAUGAGGUAGGUGCCCAUCUGGAGGACUUGGAGCGGCAGGGUAUCAUUGAGCGAGUGGAUCGUGCUGCAUCUCCAUGGCUCUCACCGAUCGUAGCCAUCCGUAAAAGGGGAGGUAAAGGUCUACGGAUUUGCCUCGACUUGUCUGAGGUGAACAGAGCUGUCAUCUCAAAUGGUCAUCCAAUUCCUGACAUGCAGGAGAUGCUGGAGAAGCUGCGUGGUGCGAAGUGCAUGUCGACUCUAGACAUGAAGUCGGCGUACCACCAGUUGGAGCUCCACGAGUCGUCCAGGGACCUGACGGCGUUCAUCCACGACGGCCAGACCUGGAGGUAUCGAAGAUGCUGCUUUGGGUUGAAGAGCAUGCCGCAGUGCUUCCAGAAGCUGAUGGAGUGUGUGCUGACCGGUGUUCCAGGGGUGCAUGUGUACCUCGACGAUGUGAUCGUCACUGGGGGCAGCCGGCAAGAGCACGAUGACCACCUCCAACAGGUUCUUCGGCGACUGGAGGACCACAACAUCACGCUGAACCGUCAGAAGUGCAAGAUCGGAGUGACGUCGGUGGACUUCCUGGGUUUCACCGUGACUGACGGCAGGAUCUCCGUGUCGUCUGAGCGCGUCCAGGGCCUGCGUAGCCUGGCGGUGCCGAAGUCGAAGAAGGAGCUGCAGGCUGUGCUGGGUUCCCUGGGCUUCUACUGUAAGUUUGUUCCAGGUUACAGUACCCGCGUCGAAUCUCUCAGACGCCAGCUGAGGAAGGAUGCUCCAGAGUUCGCCUGGACUCCAGAGAUGGAUGCGGCGUUCAACGACGUCCGGCAGGCGAUCCUCGACUCUGACGCCCUGUCGAUGUUCGACCCCAGCCUGCCGACCGUUGUCACGACGGACGCCAGUGAUGUCGGCUUGGGAGCCGUCUUGAGCCAGGUACAUCCUGAGGGCGAGAGAGUCGUCGCCUUCGCUUCGUCCACGCUCAACGCUGCACAACGGAGGUACAGUGUCACAGAGCGUGAGGGGUUAGCGUGCGUCUGGGCCUGUGAAAAAUGGCACAAAUAUCUGUGGGGUCAAGAGUUCGUGCUACGUACCGAUCAUGCUGCCUUGAAAUCGCUGUUGACUGUCAGGGGUGUUGGUCGUGCCGGCAUGAGGAUGUCUCGCUGGGCGGUGCGCCUGAUGAACUACUCGAAAUGGCCAGAGAUGGCGUUUGUCCGUGAACCGUCAAGUGAUGCUGUCAUUGACUUUCUGCUGACUGUGACGUCACGGGAGGGAUGGCCAAGGGAGGUUGUCACUGAUAACGGUACUCACUUCACAUCUGUGAAGUUUGGACAGUUUCUGAAGAAGCAUGGUGUCAAGCAUGUCCGAGUGUCACCGUAUCACCCUGCAGGUAGUGGUGCUGUAGAGCGUUUGAAUCGUGACAUCAAAUCUGCUCUCCAGAUGGCGGACCAGCAGUCGGUGGACCGCCGACAGUACCUGCAGUCCUACCUCCGCACGUACCGAGCGACGCCGCACGGAACGACCGGCCGGAGCCCGUCCGAGCUGCUCCACGGCCGGCAGAUGCGGACGGACCUGGACAGCGCAGUCGCACCGGAAGGUGGCAGCACCGGAGACGCCGCCUUGCGACAACGGGUCAGCCGAAAGCAGCGCCAGAUGAAGCGACACUUCGACAACAGGAAGCGGGUCUGUGCACCGACCAUCCAGGUGGGAGACUGGGUCCGGUAUCGGGUGAUGCCGCGGCCACGUAAAGGACGCCCGCGUUUCUCGUCACCGUGUCGUGUAACUGCUCGUCGUGGACCUGCUUCGUAUGAGCUGGAGGGUGGAGUGCGUGUCCACGCGGAGCGCCUGUCUCGCUGCUCACCACCCGAUCUUCCCAGGUCUGCACCGUCUCCUGGGUGCACUGGAGUACCGGAGGCCGAGGUGGACCUGCCCUGUCAGCCAGUCACAGACUCUGCUGCGUCGUCGACCGUCGGGCUGCGACGGCGAGCGCCAAUCGCAGUCGACGCCGCUGCCAGCGCUGCCACUGGCGACGUGACGUCGGAGCAGUCGUCCGUCGCCGGAGCAGCCGCAGCGCCUAGCCUACCUCGCGACGCUGGCGAUGGUGCUGUUCAUCGUGCUGGAGAUCACCAGGCGGAAACCGGGACGACGACGACCGAGCGUGCGGGUGACGAGUCGGCGUCACCUUCGGAGCCGGCUUCGCCGUAUCGAACGCGUAGUGGACGUGUCGUACGUGCGCCGGAUCGCUUUGUUUAAGGGGGAAGAAAAGUGUGGUAUCGUGAUCCUGUGUUGGGAACUUUCCAUCAUGCCGUGCCUGUGUGCGCCGGGCGGCGCCGGCCGAGUAGCGCGGGCGCGGACUCGAGCGCGCGGACCAAUCGGCAGCCGCCACGACCGCGGUGACCCCGCCGAGCUGACCGGCGCGGCGGUCGGGUCAGACAGUGCGCGCGGUGCGGCCGGUCGAGGCUGAUGUGUUCUUUUGGCGCUUAUUUGAACUCUUUCGUUACGUAUUCAUUCUUGCUUUUACGUUAAUAUACUACAUACACCUAGAGUGCAUAUUGAUAGGCUGUAGGCGGUUUUUUUUCUUCAGAAAAUAUCAGAUAAUGCAGCGCUACUUAAUUCCACAUAGCGAUUAUAGGCAAUCUGUUUUCCAAGCGUUUCGGAUGCUUCUUCUUUUCCUAGGCACACUUUAAACUCUAUGGAACACUGGGUAGACCAUUUGAUGACCGCAAGUCGAUCCCCAAAGCCCCAACUGAUU